AUGCUGUAUUGGCUGAAGGAAGAAGAGAUGUCUCAUCAGGAGCUAACCCAGAGGCUGUCCACAGUCAUCACCCAUGUCGAUGAAAUUAUGCAGCAAGAGAUCAGGCCGCUGCUCGCUGUCGAUAUCAUGGAACAGCUACACAGACAGUUUGCUACUUUGCCAGGAGGCAGAGGAAAGGAUGGAGCACCCAUUAUUUCCUUCCCCGAAUACCCUAACUUCACAGAGAUUCCUGAUGAUGAUUUUCUGAAUGUUGUUACCUAUUUAACAAGCAUCCCAAGUCUUGAAGCUGCCAGCAUUGGGUUUAUCAUCAUCAUAGACAGACGGAAGGAUAAAUGGAGCUCAGUAAAAGCAUCACUCACUCGUAUAGCUGGAGCCUUCCCAGGGAAUCUGCAGUUGGUUUUUGUUUUGCGCCCAUCUCGCUUUAUACAAAGGACUAUUGCAGACAUUGGAAUUAAAUUCUACAGAGAUGACUUUAGAAUGAAGGUACCGAUAAUUAUGAUAAAUUCUGUUUCGGAUCUUCAUGGAUACAUUGAAAAAAGUCAGUUAACUAAUGAACUGGGAGGUACAUUGGAAUAUAGCCAUGGACAAUGGAUACAGCACAGAACGGCCAUUGAGAGCUUUGCUCAAGUUGUAAAAACGACAGCCCAGAAUUUGCAGACGUUUGGGACCAGCCUGGCAGAGACAGAACUCCCCAAUGAUGUCAUCUGCACAGAGGAGCUGCUCAUAUCACAUACAGAGCAUCAGAGGAAACUCAAAGAUGAUUUAAAGCUAGCAGUGCAACAAGGUGGGACUCUGCUCUCAUGUAUAAAGGAGCCAGUGUCCAAAGACCCAAACUGCAAACUGACUCCGGAUGAACUGGAGAACAUGGCUACUGUUGAAAGGUUACUGGCUCAGUUGGAUGAAACGGAAAAAGCUUUCGGACAGUUUUGGGGCCGCCAUCAUCUGAAAUUAGAACAAUGCUUGCAGCUGCGACACUUUGAGCAUGAUUUCAGAGAGCUGAAGCUUACACUGGAUUCCCUGAUGGAUGCUCAGGCUUCCUUUACAAACAUUGGAGACAGCGUGUCAAGAGUGGAACAGCUUCUCAAAGAGUUAAAGCAACAGGAGGAGAAAGGACAGGGCAUCCUGGAGAAAGCCCAGCUUCAUGCUCUUCAUGGAGACCAGCUAAUACAAAAUAACCACUAUGCUGUGGACUCCAUUAGACCAAAAUGCAUAGAGCUGAGGCGCAUCUGUGAUGACUUCACCAAUGAAACCAAGAAAAAGUACGACAUACUGGGAAAAUCAUUGGAGCUGCACCAGCAACUUGAUAAGGCUAACCAGUGGUGUGAAGAUGGAAUCUACCUGCUAGCCUCUCAAGCAGUGGAUAAAUGUCAGUCGCAGGAUGGUGCAGAGUCAGCUCUACGAGACAUUGAGAAAUUUAUUGGUAGUUCAAAGGUGCACCUGCUGUCCAAUCCUACUGACUUUUAUCACAAGUAUGAAGUCAUCCUCACUGCGGAAAUAAAGGCAAGUUCUCAGAAAGUACUACAGAAGUUGGCUGAUGUUCAGGAAAUGUUUGAGAAGAGACAAGCAAGCUUGAAGAAGCUGGCAGCCAAACAGACAAGACCUGUCCAGCCGGUGGCGCCACAUCCAGAGUCAUCUCCAAAAAGAUCAUCUCCUAAAACGGCUAGGCCAACAUCUUUGGCUACUACUCGAAGAGCUCCAGACAUACCCGCUCCACCUCCAAAGUCACUGUCUGAAGCGGAUCUGUCCAGAAAACGAAACAACAAAAAGGCAAAAGGUGGUAUAAAGAUUGAAGUCAUGCAUGAAGCAAGUCAAGGAGGGACAAGCCGAUCCCUGGUGAUGAGUGAAAGUGAGGAGAACCUCUGCACUAGAAAAAGCCAUAUUAUAAAUGAACUGAUUGAAACAGAACGUGUUUAUGUAGAGGAGCUUCAAAGUAUUAUUGAGGGGUAUGUAUCAUCGUUGGACAAUCCUGACAUGAAUCCUUUGAUUCCUGUGGCUUUACAAAACAGCAAAGAUGUCCUGUUUGGAAACCUUCCUGAAAUCUAUGAAUUCCAUAAAAGAACCUUUUUAAAAGAGCUGGAAAAGUGCAUUGAAGAUGCAGAUUCUCUUGGAAGAUGCUUUUUAAAAAGGAAGGAAGACCUUCAAAUUUAUGAAAAAUAUUGCCAAAAUAAGCCAAGAUCUGAAGCCCUGUGGAGACAGUGUGCUGAAAGUAUUUUCUUUCAGGAAUGUCAAAGGAGACUGGAUCACAAACUUUCUUUAGAUGCUUAUCUCUUAAAACCGGUUCAGAGAAUCACCAAGUAUCAGUUGCUUUUAAAGGAAAUGCUGAAGUGUAGCAAGAAUUCUGAAGGGACAGCUGAGUUAGAAGAAGCCCUUGCAACUGUGUUGGAUAUAAUAAAAUCUGUGAAUGACUCUAUGCACCAAAUAGCUAUUACUGGAUAUGAGGGGGAUCUAAGAGAGCUUGGGAAGCUGCUCAUGCAGGGCUCGUUUAAUGUGUGGACUGAUCACAAGAAAGGCCAUAAUAAAGUAAAAGAUCUAGCCAGAUUCAAGCCCAUGCAAAGGCAUCUCUUUCUGUAUGCUAAAACUCUUCUCUUCUGCAAGAAAAGGGAGGAGAGCACAGAGGGACAUGAGAAAUCUCCUUCCUACAGCUUCAAGCAUGCAUUAAAGAUGAGUUCUGUUGGUAUCACUGAAAAUGUAAAAGGAGAUAACAAGAAGUUUGAAGUUUGGUUUAAUGGCAGAGAAGAAGUGUACAUUAUACAGGCAUCAACUGUUGAAUUGAAAAAUCUUUGGGUAUCUCAAAUUCGAAAAGUUUUGACUGGACAGCUUGAAGCAUGCAGAGAGGCAAGCCAAUUACACCAGAGGAUAACAGAGAGUGUGUACCAUGCUCCUAUGAAUUCUAACAUUGGCAGGCCAAAUAAAACGUCAUUAAACAAUCAAAACAAGGCAGAAUCCGCCAACAAUAAUAACAAGAACAGAACUUCAAGUCCAGUUGGGAGACAAGCGAAAGCUGAUAAUCCUGCCAGUCAUAAUCUUGAGCGCUCAGCGCUUGCUAGAAAAAGGUUCACAUUGCAGGGUCUUUCGAACCGCAGGACUCCACCCAAAGAAUCUAAGGAGAAAGAAGUUGCUCGUCGCUUUUCAUUAGCUUCUUCUAUCAGUUCAACAGCUAUUAAAGUUCCAGCUCGCACAAAAGGUCCACUUGGUCCAGAUGUUAAAGCAAAAAGACAUGAAAUUAAGAGUGACCCAACACCACUGGGUCUCGAAGAUUGGCCAAAGCAUCUUAAUUCUCUUGAAACAUAUGAAGAUUUUUCUGCUAUUCCAUCGAGUAAUGAUGAACUUUCAAAUUCUGAUAUUGAUGAAGAAACCACUACAACCAAAGUUUCCAGCCUUUUCUGUGUUGAAAGUAGCUUUGAGACAUGCUCACCAACAGCCUUUUCCCUUCGGCCAGGGGACGUAGUACAGUUUCAGCAAUGUGGAGAGAAUGGACAGUGGUUAGUGAAAGAGAUUGUUUCAAAACAAAAAGCCUGGGUACCAUCCAGUAUAUUGAUACCGAAAGCAUCUGCCAACGUCUGUCUGAAAGAUAACAGUGCAGAUUACAGUGACACGAAUCAGAUGACAGCAGUUUCUACCAAUAUGAAAGAGAAGCAGAAUGAGCAUAAAAGAAGUCUUGUGGCAGAGCAGAAGGCUGUAAGUUGAACUUGGGUGAGCUGCAUCUUUCUAAUCCAGUGAGCUACAAUGCCACCAACAUUGCCUCACCCGUCAUGGAGCUAGCGAUAAAUGGCUUGAAGUUGCUGAGUAGCUGUGAGAAGAUCUGCAGCGCUUCUUCCCUACAAAUGGCCUAUAUUAGGCCUACAGCAGCGAGAAAUCUGAACUAUGCACGUGGCUCUGUGCAGCUUCUUGGCCUCCUCCAUUGACAGACUAUUUUAUUUGUAUACUGUGAUCAUUUCCUAUCGACUUGAUUUACAUAGAUUGUUAAAUGCACAGAUCAAAGCUUUACUGCAGGAAUAACUAAAGAAGCACCUUCCAAAAAUGUCUACAAACACCAAGUCUGUGCAGCUCCUCUGUUCAGGAGUGACAAAUGUAUUGUAUCUUCAGUAUAACUGGGGAGGAGUAUGUUGUAUAGGAAUUGACUCUUCUUUGUGUCAUCAUUCGGGAGGAUUACCUUAUGGAAACCCAUUAUCAUCUUACGACAGGACAGAAUUUUCUCCUUUUUAAGCCAGAAUGACCAACUUGUACUUUGAAAUGGCCACCUCCUCCUGGCUUAUUGUUAAAUGUCAGGAAAGGGUUGACUAGAAGCACCUAUGUCAGUACAUCAUUUAUAGACAUAGGCAAUUUGUUGUGCAUCUGUCUGUAUAGAACAUUUUUUCAUGAAAUAUGACUCCAUAAGACAUUGACACUGUAUUGCUGGUGAUGUGUAUACACAUGUUCACAGAAGAUAAUGAACUGUUUCACAAUAUGCAAGGUCCCAUCCUUCUUCUGUGUGUCAUACUUCAUUGUGUAAGUUUUUAUACAUUUUCUUAAAUAAGGAUCCAAAUUUGGGAUUAAUAAUGUUGGCUUACGGUCAUGGUACUCCAUGAACUUUCUUGUAUUACUGUUGUAGGAGCCUCAAGAGACACCAUUGUGCUGCUGGAGGUCCUGGAUCCUUAUCAAAAUCUCAGUAUAUCUGCCCCUUAAUGUUUUCCAUUUUUAACUUCACAUACUUGAAAAUAAGCACUUACUGUAAAUGUUUCACUU